UUCUACGUCAUCGCGGGCGCGACGGCCCGAGGGACGGUCUGGGGUCGGCUUUCGGGAAGGUGCCGCGGCGGGGCCGGCCGGGAAGAUGCCAGUGGCGGUGAUGGCGGAAAGUGCUUUUAGUUUCAAAAAGUUGCUGGAUCAGUGCGAGAACCAGGAGCUCGAGGCUCCUGGAGGAAUUGCUACGCCUCCAGUGUACGGUCAACUGUUGGCUUUGUAUCUGCUCCAUAAUGACAUGAAUAAUGCAAGAUAUCUUUGGAAGAGGAUACCGCCUGCUAUUAAAUCGGCGAAUUCUGAACUUGGGGGGAUUUGGUCAGUAGGACAGAGAAUCUGGCAGAGAGAUUUCCCUGGGAUCUAUACGACCAUCAGCGCACACCAGUGGUCCGAGACGGUCCAGCCGAUCAUGGAAGCACUUAGAGAUGCCACCCGGAGAAGGGCCUUCGCCCUGGUCUCUCAAGCCUACACCUCCAUCAUUGCCGACGACUUUGCAGCCUUCGUGGGGCUCCCGGUGGAGGAGGCCGUGAAAGGUAUAUUAGAACAAGGAUGGCAAGCCGACUCCGCCACAAGAAUGGUUAUGCCCAAAAAGCCAGUUGCAGGGGCCCUGGACGUUUCCUUCAACCGGUUUAUUCCCCUAUCAGAGCCUGCCCCCGUCCCACCCAUCCCCAACGAGCAGCAGUUGGCCAGACUGACCGACUACGUGGCUUUCCUCGAAAACUGAGGUGUCAUUCUGAGUUCAAGACCCACCUUCCGAAUCCUGUAUACUGACACGUAGAGAAAUUUAAAAUUUUUAUUUUCAGUUUAUUGGCUGGAUUAGUGCCUCGGCAUUCCUUCGGAGUAUGUGAUAAAAUACAUGUAUAAAGUAUAUAUUAUAUAUUUUGUCCUUAAACAUUAUGCUGAAUGGUUGAAACGAUUCUCAUUUUGUAACAUUUCACAAUUUGGAUGGAGCCCGUCAGUAUUACGCAGUUUAUGUUCCCUAGUGACUCCUGAAACGCAGCUGCCCGGCUCCCCAUGGACGGGGCUGUCACUGUCCCUGCACUGCCCACAGCCCAGCCCGUCUGCACCGAGGACUGUUACGGUGACUCACGUGGGAUUUGAGGCGUGCCGCCCCCAGGGCAGUGACUGAGCUGCUGGGGCUUCCGAUCCCCCCUCGUCAGAGAACCUGCCCCCCUUCUCCUCACCUCCCGAGAGCCACUCGCCCCGAAUGCGGAAGCGAAGCUGAGGAAGACCGGCCGUUUCCUCCGUAGACCCGAGCGUGAGCCUCCUGGGGGUGUGGGCACACCCAUGCUGGCGCUGGAGGGACUAUCUGCGACCGUCAGGAGGACUGUGCGCUGGAAUAUUCCUUUCUCAAGAAGGGAGACCGAGGGUGGGAUGCGUUAUAUCAGCAAAGAAGUUACUACGAUAAGUGAUCUGCCUUGUACCGCUAACGGCCCUGCAGCCGCCGGUUGCUUAUACUUGUCCUUUGCUUUGAGUUUUGCCUUUUGGAGAAAUACUGACUCUUUCAGUUUUUGUGUGAUGGCCUCUGAAUAUUUGGAGGCGUUUAUUGUAUCUGCAGGCUAACACACCCCUCCCCCGCACUUCAUUUGUUCAAUAAAUAUUUAAUUGAAUUCAGCUGUGUCAUCUGA